UAUAAAUUGGCUCCAACCUCUUUCUUUCUCUCUCUGUGGCCUCUGCACCAACCAACUUAUCCUCCGACACUUCCAAUUUCCCAACAUGACACAAUCCCAGGAGAGAGCCACGCUGACGUGGCGCGCCAUCCCAAUCCCCAACUCCUCCCUCAACGACGUCGUUCCCCUCACCCUCCGAAACGACGCCGUCCUCGCCCUCGCACCCCGCACUCCCACUCUCACGCGCUGCAAAUUCGCCAGCGUCUCCGUCGCUCAAACCAAAUUCGACAAACAAUUCGCGCCCACGCCGUCUCAGUAUCUCCGCCACCCGCUCGCGGUGGUCGCAUUGAUCCCCAAAGACGCCGCUCUGUUCCUCGCCGGCGCCAUCGCCGGCGCCGCCGCCAAAAGCGUCACCGCCCCCCUCGACCGCAUCAAGCUCCUCAUGCAGACUCACGGCGUGCGAGUUGGGCAAGAAAGUGCGAAGAAGGCGAUUGGUCUCGUUGAGGCCAUAACUGUAAUUGGGAAGGAAGAAGGCAUUAAAGGUUAUUGGAAGGGCAACCUCCCCCAGGUGAUUCGGGUUAUACCUUAUAGUGCUGUCCAGCUUUUUGCUUAUGAAAUUUACAAGAAACUAUUCAAGGGAAAGGAUGGUGAGCUCUCUGUUGUGGGAAGACUUGCAGCAGGUGCUUUUGCUGGAAUGACAUCAACUUUUAUAACCUACCCAUUAGAUGUCCUGAGAUUACGAUUAGCUGUUGAACCUGGUUACCGAACAAUGUCACAGGUUGCGUUGAGCAUGCUAAGAGAGGAAGGAUUUGCGUCUUUUUACUAUGGCCUUGGGCCUUCUCUGAUUGGAAUAGCUCCAUAUAUUGCAGUGAACUUUUGUGUUUUUGAUUUAUUAAAGAAGUCGUUGCCAGAGAAAUAUCAAAAGAGAACUGAAACAUCUCUACUCACUGCCGUGCUUUCAGCAUCUCUUGCCACACUUACAUGCUAUCCUCUGGACACAGUGCGAAGACAGAUGCAAUUGAAGGGUACACCUUAUAAGACGGUAUUAGAUGCCAUUCCAGGUAUUGUUGCAAGGGAUGGGAUUAUUGGCUUGUAUCGCGGAUUCGUGCCCAAUGCUUUGAAAAACCUACCAAAUAGCAGCAUCAGGCUUACUACAUAUGACAUUGUCAAGCGCCUAAUUGCAGCUAGUGAGAAAGAGUUUCAAACAAUUACCGAGGAAAACCGCGACAAACAAAAGAAACCUCAAUAGUCAAUGACAGUGAACUUAGGACUCAUUGCUUCAGCCAUUCUUUUCCUGCUGAAAUUCGUUAGAACUAAUGCUUCGGCAAUGCUAUCUCGUAGUUGCGGUAAUUGCCUUUGGGAUAGCCAAACUGUAUACAGUUAUGAGUUUAUACCAGCAGCCAAUAUUGUGUUUCAGGGCUGGAAGUUUUGCACAGGACACAAUAGUUACUGUAAUGCUAUAUUUUAUUUUUUAUUUGAAAGAAUUUUAGAUGUA